CAUGUUAAACCAAGGAGACCAGCCUCCCAAAUUGAGUUUGGAACAUACAGAGCUCUGAAACAGUGGCUUAAUCGCGCGGUUCCAAUAUUGAGUGAGGAGAAUAACAAAUUAAAGGCUUUUGAAAUAAAUUAUCGAUUUAAAACGAUAUGGCAAAAGGAGAGGGCGCGGAGCAAUAUUCUGCGGCAACUGUAUUAACAACAAAACCAAGAAGUCAAGAUGGACUCAAAAUUGCCAAGCAGAGGGACGACAGCGGCCGUCUGUCAGUGUGCAGGAAGUUGUGCUAUGCCAUUGGAGGGGCUCCCUACCAGAUCACAGGCAGUGCUCUGGGCUUCUUCCUCCAGAUCUACCUGCUGGAUGUGGCCCAGCUGGACCCAUUUUAUGCCUCUAUCAUUUUGUUUGUGGGCCGGGCCUGGGAUGCAGUGACAGACCCAACGGUGGGCUUCCUGGUGAGCCGGAGCAGAUGGACCCGGUGUGGCCGGAUGAUGCCCUGGAUCCUCAUCUCCACUCCCUUUGCGGUGCUCACGUACUUCCUGAUCUGGUAUGUCCCUCCAGUGGAGCAGGGGAAGGUCCUGUGGUAUCUGGUCUUCUACUGUCUCUUCCAGUCUCUGCAGACGUGCUUCCAUGUGCCGUACUCAGCGCUCACCAUGUUUAUCAGCACAGACCAGAAAGAGAGAGACUCUGCCACGGCCUACCGUAUGACGGUGGAGGUGCUGGGCACAGUGGUUGGCACGGCGAUCCAGGGACAGAUUGUGGGUGGGGCGAUCGCCCCCUGUCUCCCGGGUUACCUGGAGGUCCUUGACAACAGUAACUCCACACUGCUGGGGUCAGAUGUCAACAUCUCUCACAUCUCCCUGGAUGAAACUAAACAAGCCUACCUGAUUGCCUCAGGAGUCAUCUGUGCCAUUUACGUUCUCUGUGCUGCAGUCCUGUUCCUGGGAGUCAGAGAGCAGGAAGAGUGUGGGCGUCUGAAGACAGAGCCCAUGUCGUUCUUUGAGGGCAUGAGGAUGGUGAUGGGAUACGGGCCGUAUGUCAAACUGGUCAUGGGAUUCCUCUUCACCUCGCUGGCCUUCAUGCUCCUGGAGGGGAACUUUGCCCUGUUCAUCACCUACACCCUGGGCUUCAGAAAUGACUUCCAGAACAUUCUCCUGGUCAUUAUGCUCUCUGGGACUUUGUCCAUUCCAUUCUGGCAGUGGUUUCUGACCAGAUUUGGGAAGAAGACUGCAGUCUACAUUGGCAUCACAUGGGCAGUGCCCUUCAUGAUCCUGAUCAUCUGCAUAGAGAGCAGUCUCAUUGUGGCCUAUGUGGUCUCUGUGGCAGCAGGAGUCAGUGUGGCUGCAGCUUUCCUCCUACCCUGGUCAAUGCUCCCAGAUGUGGUGGAUGAUUUCAAAGUGAAGAAUCCAGACUCUAGUGGCCACGAGGCCAUUUUCUACUCCUUCUAUGUCUUUUUCACCAAGUUUGCCUCAGGAAUCUCCCUCGGCAUCUCCACUCUCAGUCUAGACUUUGCCGGGUAUGUGACCAGAGGCUGCUCGCAACCCGACGCAGUGAAUUUAACCCUGAAGGUGCUGGUCUCAGCUGCUCCUGUUGUUCUGAUAUUCCUGGGGCUGUUGAUAUUCAAGACCUACCCCAUUGACGAGGAGAGGAGGCAAGGCAACAGGAAACUACUGCAGGAGAUGCGGGAGGGCAAUCAGGAUUCCGAUACAGAGUCCACAGAGCUUGGGAGCGUUGUGUAGGAGCCCUGGGAGAGGAGGGGGUCCAACCGAAAGGCCACAACUGUCCCGCGUGUUUGCACUGGCAGGCUGGAGUGUUGUUUAACUGGACUAACAGUAGAGAAACCACAGACUACACUGUGGCUGCUUCCUACCUGAUGCUACAUGAACACAACGGCCCUACUCUCCUAAGGAUUCUACAGGCUUACAGAAACCCCUAGUGGACAUUCAGAGUCGUCGCUCUCUCUGUGCCCUGUCUAUUAGCUACUGUACUAUUUGUUUGUUUGCAUAUCAAACAUUGGUUUGGGAUUUUUAAUUGGGCAUGUACCCAUCAAAUCCAACAUUUGAAUGUUUGUCUACCUGAACCAAGAAUUAGGUCAAAGGGUGGGAAGCCUUUCUCUGCACAAAAAACGACUUUCCAUCCAGCAAGGAUGGUCCUCAAAGAGGGAAGAUUUCAGGCCAAAUUUUUUGAGAAUACCAAUAACUUGUUCUAUCUAGACUGGAUUUAUAUGGUUAUGGUUACAUUUAAUGUAAAUCAUUUUCACUUAUCUCAAGAGAGUAAUACACUUCUUUAGGGACGUGGAGAGCACAAAAUAACUGUUCCAUUUCAGACAGCACAAUAUUAAUCAUUUACUGAAAUUAUAUUUGUGUCUCAUGGGGAAAAUAAAAAAGGAACAUUGAAAAAGAAACUCUAACCUUAAUGAACUCAUUAACAUUGGCAAUAAUGUCUGGAUUUCAGACUUACCUUAUUCCACCUUAUUAUUACUGCCUUAACAGAACAUCUUGUACUUUGGAAACCUUGUAGUUGCCAUGAGAUUUUCUGUAUAACAGUUUUUACUAAAUUCUAUUUGGUCAAAGUUGUUUCUCUCACACGGUGCCAAUACUUUCCUUUUAAAGGUUGACUUUGAGCAUGAAAAACGGUCCAACUCUGCCCUUUCUAAAUUUUCAAACAGAAAUAGUGUGCCUUUGGUGAUUUGUCGGUGUCAUGCGCGCCGUGCCCAACGUAACUAUACUGAACAAAAAUAUAAAUGCAACAUGUAAAGUGUUUGUCCUAUGUUUCAUGAGCUGAAAUAAAACA